AUGGACUCCUUGCUCAAGAAGGCCUUCACUGCUGAGGAUGCACGUGCAAAUGCAGAUGAGGAUGACACCGAAGGUACGGCACUGAAUUCGGGCCUCUCAGUGCAUAUCCCCAUUCUUGCCGCCGUUUUCUCCUUUUUCGCUGGCUCAGCCUUCAACGCGGCCGUCCGCGAUACCCCCCUCGCCAUGCGGUGCGGCCAGUUCGACUCUCUCAUUCCCCUUGGCUCUGAACGUCAUCUCAUUGCCGUUGUCUCCUUGCUCACUGUUGUCUCCUUGCUCACCGUUGUCUCCCCGCUCACCAUUGUCUCCCUGCUUCCCGUUAUCUCCUUGUCCGCCGCUUUCUCCAGGCCCACCGCCCUCCACAUUGCAAACUGCCUCCACAACGCCACGAUGCACCUCAGAAGGUUGCGUACUGUCUCAUCCCAACACGUACCUGGCCGAGCUACCCUCCCAGCGAAAUGCGGGGCCGACUGCCAGAGGACCACCGCCUUCGCAGUGCUUGAGACAUUGCACACCAUCGGAAAGAUGCCACGCCAAGGCUGGGAAGAAGAAGCAUAUCGCCCGCAAGCGGGAGAUGCAAAGGCAGGGCGAGAGCAUGACGCACUAUCGCCUGCGCUCCUCAACCUCUGA